UUCACACACCAAGAAUUUAUUAUCCAAUCAGAAAUAAUCUUACAACGGGUCAAGGUAGAAACAUGUAAACAAAAACAUACCUCAGCUUACCUGUGCAAUAUUUCACGGUCAUUGUUCUUCGCUGUUAUUGAUAUUUUACUAUUGUUAACGCAAUAUAAUUUCGCAAUUUGUGGAUAUUUGGAAACAAUCAGUUAGAGGAUACUUAGAAAAUGACACAAUCAGGCAACGAAGAUUUAUUAGCUUUACGGGAAACAUUUGACAUCUUUGACAAGAACAAGAAUGGCAGCAUUUGUGCAACAGAACUUGGUACACUAUUGAGAGCCGUUGGUGAGAAUCCAACACAAAGAGAAAUAGAAUACUUCAUUAAGUCAUGUGAUAAAAACAAAAAUAAUGUAAUAGAGUUUGAAGACUUUGUGGCGUUAAUGGAAAUAAUUAGACGAGAUGCGACGCGGAAAGAGGAUCAAGAAGAAACUUUAAAAAGGGCAUUUAAAAUAUUUGACAAAGAUGGAGAUGGAACAAUAGAUGUCAAAGAACUUGAGAGGGUCACUACACAAUUAGGGGAAGUACUCAGCGAAGAGGAGUUAGCGCAGAUGUUUAAAAUAGCAGAUGCUAACAAAGAUGGCAAAAUUGAUUACAAGGAAUUCACCAAAUAUAUUACGAAGCCAAUAAGUAAACAGCCAAUGGGUCAUUCAAAGAAAAAUCAUAACACAAAUAAAAACAAGACAUAGGAGUUGUAUGCUCCAUUUACAGACUGUAUAGACUAUUUUAUAGAACAUUAAUGAUAGACAUUUUCAGGAACAGACAAUGCUGUAGUAUGGUGACAUUCGUGAAAUAAUGUAGUAAUCUGCACUUUUGGAAUGUUAAGAAAAAUGGGUAUUUUUUUAUAUUAGAAAUGAACAUACUGCUGUAUAAUUAUUAUUGGUAGAUGUACAUUAUCAUGAAAUAUUUGUCACUGAGCUAUUUCUUUCAACUUAUGUUGUUGAAAAGUUUUUAAAAUAUAUUGAUACCGAAAUUCGAGUGUUUCCAGACAGCUUUAUCAAGAAUUUCAUGAAUUUAGCAAAUACAUUAUAAAACUUCUAGGAUAUCCUCACGCAUUUUCAUUUUUCAAAUUAACAUAAAUUCUGUAUAUUAAUACUAGAAAAAAAACCUGCUACGAACAAUCGAGUAACCACAACGAACUAGUUCAAUAAGGCUUCAUAAUGUGAAGAAAAUCUGAUACAGUGAAACCUGAAUAAACCGAACCACUUCGGAACCUAAGAUGUUGUUCGGUUUUGGCCGAUUGUCGGUUUUAUCGGGUUCACAACACAUGCAAUUUGAUAUGACGGUACUUAAGAACAUGUUUCGGUUUAGUCAGGUUUCACUGUAUUUGAAAUAAUCGCUAUGAUAGACAAUCAAAUAAGAGAUUUUUCGAAUAUAAAUUUGUUUAUUAAUUAAACAUAAAGAAAAUAAUACCUAGAGCGUCUGCAGCGCUUUCUUUAAUUUGUCCCCAUCACUGUAUUACUUCUAAGCUACAGAGAUGUUAGAUUCCAUAGCACCUAUUUUGCGAUAUAUUGGAUAAAAAGUAAAAUCACCCUGGAAAAUUCAAAAUAGAAAGUCCCUAGUCAGAUGGCACAAACACAUCAAACGAAUGGAUAAUAACUGUCAUAUUCCUGACUUAGUACAGGCAUUUUCUUAUGUAGAAAAUGAUGGAUUAAAUCUGAUUUUAUAGCUAGCCAAACCUCUCACCCCCCCCCCCCCCCCCCCAUUCAUCGACGAUUCAAAAAGUAUUGUAUUUAAGAAUUAGUUUAACAAAAUACAUUGCAUAAAAUAUAGAUUUGUUUGAAAUAAUCUCGAUUUUUUUAUUGAUUAUCUUUGCAAUCGAUAAUCGAAUAUGAUCGAUGAACGACUGACACCAUCGUGUCGAAUGUGAAGAGCAAUCUACUAAUGUCUUAUAGAUUACAGUGAAACCUGUUUAGCCGAACCUCUUCAGGAUUUUAGAUUUUUUUCGGUUUUAUCAGGUUUACAACGCAUACAAUUUGAUGUGACUGUGCUUAAGAACAUGUGUGGUUUAUACAGGGUUUCGCUUCAUGCAGGAUUCGGUUAAGCCAGGUUUCACUGUAAAUUAUUAUUUUGAUUACAGUUUAUAAUUUUUAUAAUAGAUUUUUACUACUUCAUCUUUUGUAAUAAUAAAGUUCAAUGUAGUUCCCCAUUAACAUAGUUCUGAAUAAUACUGUUUACACCUGGUGAGAUAUAUAUCAUUGAUAUUGCUUGUUAAGCCUUCUCAAAACUUGUUGCUUUUUUUUGAAAACUUAAGCUUCCUUUUCGGUGUUUACUUGUUGAGGCGAUCAGACUCGGACGUUUUGUUUAAGAUUUACAUGGGCCUUGUUAAAUUUUAACCUGCAAUACAAUCAUACUGUUUAAGUUUUAUGUAUCGAACAAAGCAGUAAAAACUCACCAUGAUUCUUGAAAUUUGCUACAAAUAAAUGGUAUUUAUUUCAAUACAUCCCAGUGAAAAAAUAUUAAAAAUCUUGUAGGAUAAUUUUAUUGUUAUAUUGUCCGUCCAUUUUUUAUGUUGUUUAUUUUUUAUAUUGUAAGUUGUAACUAAUUCUAGCAUGAAUAAAAAGUAUAUAU